AUGUGUUCUUCUAUUCAUCUUCAUAUAGGAGGAGCUGGAGUAAUGAUAGGAGAUAUACUAUGGAAACUUUAUUAAAAGGAAUAAAUAGAUACAAAUAUCAAUAAUUAUAUCUAUGAUGAAAACGAUAGUAAUAAUUAUCCAUUAACUCUGUUUAUUGAUUUAGAUGAUCGAAUGGUAAAUGAAGUAAAAAAAAACAAACAAAUAGUUUAUAAAUCUACUUCCUUUGUUACAGGGAAGGAAGAUGGAGCAAACAACUUUUUUAGGGCUCAUUAUACAAUUGGAAAAGAAAUAAUAGAUAAAAGUUUAAAUAAUGUGAGAAAACAAGUGGAAAGCAUUGACAGAAUAGAUUAAUUCAUUAUUACUUCUGCUUUAAGCGGCGGAACAGGAUCAGGUUUUUCUUCUUUGCUUUUAGAAAGGUUAUCUGUUGAUUAUGGAGUAAAGGUUGAAAAAAAUGCAUUCUUAAUAUAUCCUUCAUAAGAAAUGUCUAAUAAUACUAUGGAUGUAUAUAAUGCUGUUUUAGCUAAUCGUAUGACUUCUGAAUAUUGUAACACUGUUGUAAUGUUGGAUAAUCAAUCAAUGUAUAAAUCCAUAGAUUCUCAGAUUGGCUUGGAUUAUGUUGAUUAUACUCACUUAAAUAAUUUAGUAUCCUAAUUAAUUAGUUCUUACACUGGCUUAAGAAGAUUUAGUAAGGUUGAUAAUAACAAAUUAUUUUCUGGGCUCUGUCCCUAUCCAAGAGUUCAUUAUUUAAUUCCUUCAUAUGGACCUUUAGCAUCUAUCAAUGAUUCAAUCAAUUAAGAAUUAAAUGAAAAAUAACUUAUAUCAUAUAUAGCAAAACCAGCUUAAAGGUUAUUUCAAUCAGAAAUUAAUCCUGAACACUUUUGUGCAUCCAUAAUACAUCGAUCUAAAUAGAAUAAUUAAUUUUUUGGUUAAUCUGAUUUAACUCUUUAAAAGAUGAGGAUUAAAUAUUAAGAAAGUCCUAAUGUGUUUCAAUGUUUAUCUUAAAAUUAUACAGUUAUUUAAGAACUUGCAGAAUUAAAGUAAACUGGUAUACUGCUUUCAAAUGAUGCAAAUUUGUUUAAUUACUUUGAAAUUCUUGGAAAGAAAUAUGAUCAAAUAUUUUCUAAAAGAGCCUUUGUUCAUUGGCUUGUUGGAGAAGGUUGUGAGUCUGGAGAAAUGUCAGAACGCAGAGAGGAUUUAGCUGAUCUUAUCAAAGAUUAUUAAGAGUUAAAAGAUGGAGCACAUCAUAAUUGUGAAAGGUUAGAAGAAGACGAUAUUGAAUGA